AUGGAGGAGAAUGACUCAAACCCCAGCGAAGCAGCGGCGGUGGAGGGGCAGCGGCAGCCGGAAUCCAGCACCAGUGGCAAUUCUGGCAGCGGCGGAGGUGGCGGCAGCAGCCCCAGCGACUUGGACACCGGCCGCCGGCGAGCUCUGAUCUUGCCUGUGGUCCUGCAGGCACCAGGCAACCACCAACUCCCCCACCGUAUCACCAACUUCUUUAUCGACAACAUCUUGCGGCCGGAGUUCGGCCGAAGGAAGGACACUGGCACUUGCUGUACGAGCAGCGCUGGAGGCCGAGGAGGCAGAUUAGAGGAAGGUGGAGGAGGUGGCAGCGCAGGGGGCGCCGAGGGAGGCAGCGGCGCAGAGCAGCUCCUGCGGUCUGGGGGCCGGGAAUCCCGGCACAACCCCGCCUCGGCGACUGGGGCUGGCGGGCUGCUGCCGGGCAGCGAGAGCGAUUCUCCUGGUGAUGGAGAAGGUGGAUCCAAGGCACUCUCGCUGCAUGGCGGGACCAAGAAAAGUGGCGAUCCCGGGGGGCCCCUGGACGGAGCGCUCAAGCCCCGCUUAGGUGGCGGUGACUUGUCGGUGAGCUCAGAUUCGGACAGCUCGCAGGCCAGUGCUAACCUGAGCACGCAGCCCAUGCUCUGGCCAGCCUGGGUCUACUGCACGCGCUACUCCGACAGACCUUCUUCAGGUCCCAGGUCUCGCAAACCAAAGAAGAAGAACCCAAACAAAGAAGAUAAGAGGCCACGUACCGCCUUCACCGCAGAGCAGCUGCAGAGGCUCAAGGCUGAGUUCCAGACCAACAGGUACCUGACAGAGCAGCGGCGGCAGAGCCUGGCGCAAGAGCUCAGCCUCAAUGAAUCGCAGAUCAAGAUAUGGUUCCAGAACAAACGUGCAAAGAUCAAGAAGGCCACAGGAAACAAGAACACGUUGGCCGUGCAUCUCAUGGCACAGGGCUUGUACAACCAUUCCACCACAGCCAAGGAGGGCAAGUCGGACAGCGAGUAG